AUGAAUAAUGAGGUUAACUCUUUACAACUGGGGAAGUUGAGCAGUCAACCUACGCAGAUACCAGAACAGAAUGAUCUUAAUUUAACUCACUUGAAAGGUCGUUGUCCUGAGGACUUCGACUUAUUAAGUAUAAUAGGCGAAGGCUCUUAUGCCACCGUUUAUUUAGGUAAAUAUAAAACAAGUGGUAAAUUAUAUGCAGUAAAGGUGCUUGAUAAGCGGCAUAUGGUUAGAGAGGGAAAAGCAAAGUAUGCUGCAGUGGAAAAGGAGGCGUUACGCAAACUUUCACCCCACCCCUACAUCGUUCGCUUAUACUAUACCUUUCAAGAUACUUAUAAACUUUAUUUUGUUCUGGGUUAUGCUAAAAAUGGAGAACUUCUUUAUUACAUUCGCAAAUUGGGAUCUUUUGGGCUCGACUGCGUAAAAUUUUAUUCUGCAGAACUUAUUUUAGCAAUGGAAUAUAUGCAUAGCAAGGGAAUUGUUCAUCGUGAUAUAAAACCUGAAAAUUUAUUGUUAUGCGAGAAUAUGCACUUAAUUUUAGCAGAUUUCGGUACUGCUAAAAUUAUAAGUUUAGUCCAAGAUGACAGCCCUUUAGGACGAGUCUCGUCUUUUGUAGGCACUGCAGACUAUGUUUCACCAGAAUUAUUAAAUUAUAAGCGCACUUCAAUUAGUUCGGACUUGUGGGCCUUGGGCUGCAUUAUAUAUCAACUAAUUGCUGGGUGGCCCCCUUUUCGUGGAGGAACAGAUUAUUUAACUUUCCAAAAAGUUUCGAAUCUGGAUUAUACGAUUCCUGAUGGCUUUCCAGAAGAAGCGGCGGAUCUCAUUAAACAAAUUUUAGUGCUUGAUCCUCAACAGCGACUGGGAAGUAAUUCGAGAGGCGGUUACGAAAAUCUGAAGGGACACAUUUUUUUUGAGGAAGUUUUAUGGGAGCAGUUGCACGAGACGACGCCACCUGAGCUGAAACCAUACUUGCCAUUGGCGGACGGGCCACGUGGGCUGACUUCUGAGAUGAAUGUAGGCGGCGACGGGAUCCUCGCGCACACCGCUAAGAAUUCUUUAACUGCUUCUCUUACGAACGACACUAAUGACUAUCGCCACUACACAGAAGCAGAAGAGUCGAGCAUCGUGCGACGGGCGCUCCUUCUGAAGCGGCAGUCGGAAAUAAACACGUGGUCUCCGUAUGUUCCUGAAGGCGAGCUGAUUGUGUACACUUCCCCAGUCGUGAAGCGUCGCGGCUUUUUCUCGAAGUACCGCCAGUUGAUCCUCACGGACGCUCCGCGACUCAUCUUUGUGAAUUUGGAGAAAAAAUUAAUUACUAAUACACUUACGUGGUCGCAAGAUCUCAAGCCCGAACUGAAAACUUUGAAGACUUUUUUUAUUCACACUCGAAAUCGGACAUAUUAUUUGGAAGAUCCUUCAGGAAACGCUAAAGUUUGGGUGGAUUAUUUAAAUUCUUUUAGUAGACGAAAGACUAUUGAAGUUGUUGGUUUGGAAUUUUAAAAAAGUAAUGAAUGUUGGAAUU